CUGUAAAAUUUCAACUAGUUGGCGGUACAAUAUCGCAGACGACAGAGUAGAGUUAAGAUGUGUGCGAAGGACGUUACGACGUCAGAGGUGUUGUGAACAAAUAUAUACAUAUAUCUAUAGAUACAUACAUAUACUUGAGGAGUUGUCAUUGAGAAAAGACGCGGGAAAACACGUAUUUGAUCGAACUGUCACAAGCGCCAUGUCCAUGCCGCACCGAACACACAGACAGCACUGUUUUCUGUGCGACUUGCCUCGCACCCCUUGGGCAAUGUUGCACGACUUCUCCGAGUCGGUCUGUAGAGGGUGUGUCAACUACGAGGGACCCGACAGGAUCGAGAUGAUCAUUGAAGCGGCUCGACAGAUGAAGCGCGUGCACGGGUUUCAGGAGCGAACGUCGCUGAAACCGACUAAUGUGCCCGCUCAUGCAGGAAGUGCACGUGCUGCUUCGCUCGAUUCCCAGAACAUGGAACCGCCGAGGGCGCACCACGGACCGCCGCCCAUCGAUAGAUUUUCAGUGCACGACGGCCACCGCGGCCCUAACGUAAUGGAUUACCCAAGGCUUCCCAAUGGAUUAACAUUAGGCCACAGUAUACAUCGACCUGAUGAACUUCUGACUGACUUGCAGCGUGGAAGUCCACAUCUUGCGCGUGGAUUAACUCACAAUCCCAUGCCAGCACCUAUGUUGCGGCAACCCCAUUUUGGAUGUUCAGGCUCAAUGCUUCACCCUCCAAUUAUGAAUGGAAAACGUGCUGAACACGAGGAAGAAGAAACUUCUAAUCAUUCCAGUAGUGAUGAUGCAGGACCAAAAAAUGGUUCACCUGAGGAUUCAAAUAGUAGACCCUUUCAGGUAAAAGACACUUUAAAUGUAUUGGCAACUACCGUUCCAUUUGAAGUGAGGUUAAAAAAGGAUCCCUUGUUGUUGGGGCGUAUAUUUUCAUUCGAUGUAGGCACAAAACACCCUACAGAGUACGAACUAAGAGUUUAUCUUGAAUAUCCCCUUGGCUCAGGAACCAUAUAUAAUGGCGUGUCCAGCGUGGUAAAACAAAUGCAUCAUGACUGCCAAAAGGAUUAUGGGAAGGGAUUGUCAUCUGGAUUCAAGCAUCUGGAAUAUGAAAUGAAGCAUGGUGGUGGUGACUGGAGACUGUUGAGUGAUAUGCUUCCAGAACCAGUGAGGUUUUUUAGAGAACCUGUAAAUCGUGAAUUGCUUCCUACUCCAUAUGUUGACAGUAGUUUGCCAUCUCUUCCCAGUGCAAGCAUACUGGCUAGAGGACCAAAUCGUAAGAGUUCAAGUAGUAUGGUUCUUUUCUAUGAUGGACGGAAGAGGAAAAGUUCACCAGAUGAUGAUGAUGAUGUUGGAGGAAAGUUGACAGAAGAACAACAUAAGAGACAACAGUGGAUGCAGAAUCAUGCUGAUGCCAUAAAAUUGACUGUUUCAUCGGCCACCUGUGGGUUAGGUGUGCCCAGUUCAACAUCUUUGUCCCCACAGAGUAACCAUGCCUCGACCCCGCCUGAUGUUGCGGUGGGACACAAUGGACCAUCACCCAUGGCAGCACUAAUGAAUGUCACUGAUAAUCUUGUUCAGCAUGGUUCUCCAUCAAAUACAGAAAGUGGUAGCAUUAAAUCUCUUGGCCCUAGACUUGAUGGCCAUUCACCCAGCCAUCCACCUUUGUUACGAGGACGUCUUGUUUCCACAUUUGGACCCAUUUCUGAUGCUGGUAUUGGAAGUAGUAUACCAGAAUCGACAGUGCCAAGUGCGGAAAUCUUGAGGUGUACUCUGUGCCACGAGAGGCUUGAAGAUACCCAUUUUGUUCAGUGCCCUUCAGUUGGUAUCCACAAGUUUUGUUUCCCAUGUUCCAAAGAUAGCAUCAAGAGACAAGGUUCAGGAUCCGAAGUGUACUGUCCCAGUGGGAAGAAGUGUCCCCUGGCAGGAUCAAGUGUUCCUUGGGCAUUCAUGCAAGGCGAAAUUGUAACUAUUUUGGGAGAUGAUUUCAAGGAAACAAAAAUUAAAAAGGAAAGAGAUGCAUGAUUAUGAAUAUAUUUAUGACAUGUACUUACUUGAAAGCUUUGCUAUGAACAAAUUGAAUCAUGAAUUAUCUUGGAGGGAAAAAAAGUACUUUGUGUUCAUUUAUUUUCAACAAUUUGUCAUUUGGAUGUUUAUUCAUCGAACACAUUAAAUUCUGUGAAUACUGCUCAUAUUUUUGUUAAAUGGUUGUUGAGGUUGGUUACUUUAUAAUGAAAGGAAAGACAUUAUGGGACGUGUAAGGUCCUAACUGAACCCCGAAGUAUCCAAGAUGUGUGAUUGACUUUCUUCAUUUUGUUUACCCGUGGCUCUGCUAUUUUGUGAAUGACUGUCAAGCAGGAAAAGCACCGCUUGAACUAAGGAUUUAAAAUCUCCUGUGAUGGUGAACAUGAGCUGGCAACACGUUCUGUACAUAGUGUGAUUGCAUGGCCACAGAGUCGAACUCCCGAUACCUCAAAGUAUGUGCUAAAUGCACUUUGUGGCAUAAAAUGUGGCUUUACGAGAUUUCAAUAUUACAUUGUUGCUUUGACGUGUAAGAUAACUGAUACAAACUAUUUAUGUCAGCAUUACAUUGUAUCUUACAUUCUUGCCUUUGUCAGUUUUAGUAUGAAGGUUUUUUUUUUGUUAUUGUUUUUUUGUAAAAUUUAAAUUUAAACAUUUCAUCAAUGACAUGUCAGAUGUGAUUUUUCAACUUUUAAUCUGAUAGUGAUAGCAGCUUUUUUCUUCUUUUUUUGACAUAAAAUAACUAUAAUAUUUCAAAAUCAUAAAUAAGCGUAAAUAUGUUCACAAGUUUUUUACAUAUACAAUUGUAUAUAUAUAUUGUACUUGUGAUUAACCUAACCAUAGUAUACAAGGACUAUGUGGUACAUCGACAAUCCAAAUGUAGUUUUAAACUAAACUGAUUUUGAAGUGAAAUGCUUCUCUAUGUGACUGCUAAUUUUCAUGCGCUCUAAUAUCCUAAUAUCAGUCUAGAACAUUUAAUAGAGGAUAAAGGUUCACCACAUAACUAAGUAAGAGUUCGUGUGAAUUAAAUUUGUGUAACUGUCUGACGGACACGUGAACAGAAUGAUAGUGUGCAUGAAAUAUUGUGCCCUUAAAUAAUUUUCACAAAGUAGACUGGAUCUGAUUUGAAAUGCUGAAUUGUUUUUGUUUUUUAAAUGGGUAUCACAUGUCUGUGCUGAAUGAACACUUGGUAAUUAGAUGUCUUGAUUGUAAUUUGAAGACUCAUUACCAGGGCUUGAACUUAACGAUGACACCAACAGCAAUUGCCAUCAUUUAUAUAUUAAUUGCCGUAGGUCGGGAGCAUCACCUGCAGCACAAAAGUGCCGUUAUUGAAGCUCCUCAAUGAUGACAAAAUGUUUACACCUGGUGUACAUUAGCUGCCAGUAUAUAACAUUAAUAAAUAGGUCUACAUACAGCAAAAUAACCAUUCAGUCUUAUUUAUUUGCUGAAAAUGUCUUCUUUUUUAAAUUGCAGAGGGCAGGGUUUAAAUUGCUGUCAGUGGACCGUUUCAUCCAUGGCAAUUUUGUUUCAUCCAUGGCAAUGUUGUAUUUAAAUUGCCGUGGGAGAUUAUUCAGCAAGUGCCCAGCAUUGAUAAUAUACCAUCAUACAUCGGAUGUAAUGGUGACACUGACACUCACUCCCACACGGGUUAACUUGUUCAGCACAAUAGCAGCUCUAGGCUAGCUUAUUCAGUCUUAUAUAUUUAAUUAUUUAUUGUAAAGUGAAACAAUGAGUAAGUAGCCCAUCUGCAAUGUCAUUUCAGGUGGUUUAAUUUUUAAAAUAAACAUACAUGUUGGGGGAAAUGUAUUUCAGACAGUUUUUAAUCAUAUAAGAGGUCAUGGAAAAAGUAUUAAGAUAUAUUCUAGCUUAUGCAUUAUUGAUUUAUUGGAUACAUACAUUCUUUGCAAUUUUUUUUUUUUAAUUCCCUUAUUCUUGUGAGAAGAUCACAUUUACAACCAACAGUGCUCAGAAAAAAACUAUAAAUUAAUGCCAGUUUAUUUAAGCUUUGCAAAAUACAAUUUGUGGUUAGUUUAUUAGUAUAUGUGUCCAAGGCAGGGAACAUUUUGUUCAGUAUCGCGUCACUGUUCACUACUCAAUUCAAAACUGAAGAAUUUAUAGUAGUUGCUAAUCAAUUUUUAAUCAAUUAACUGUUGCACAAAAUUCUGUAAACUAAAUAUUCCUUGCAAGGUAUUUACUACUGAUCUGGAUUGGAAGCAAAACUUUGUGAAUGUCUUGCUUCAAUUGUUAAGGUUCAUCCAUUUGGUAUCUACAUCUGUGUAAACAUUUUAUUUAAUGUUAGACAUACCCUCUUAAUCCAUAGGCACUAAUUUAGUCAACUAUUUUUUUGUGGCCAUUUUUUUGGAAUUGAGCAGAAUGACUUAUUUCCUUCCAAGUGUUUAACCAUUUGGCUACCUCACCAUCACCAACCAGGACUCUAAUUUAACAGUGGUCCUAGUCAUAUGCUACAAUGCCCAGGAAAUUGAACAGUCUCACAGCCAAAUUGGAUGUGCCUUAUUGGUCAUUAUACAUGAACACGACUCCAGAAAGUUGUUUUAUUGCAAAAACACAAAAUUGUUCAUUUGUUUAUUUUUAAGGGGUGCUGUUUUUGUUAUAUUAAGACAUUUGUGUUGAAGUUUGCAUUGUUGCCUUCCCUAAUGCCUCCCAGAAAUCUUCAUAGAUCUAAGCCAAAUGGAAUUAUUGGUCAUUAUACACGAAUGCGACUUCUGAGUUGUUGUAUUGCAAAAACAUGAAACUGUUCACUUUUGUUUGUUUUCAAGGGGUGCUGUUUUGUUAUAUUAAGACGUGUUGAAGUUUGCUUGUUGCCCUCCCUAAUGCCUCCCAAAAAUCUUCAUACGUCUGAACCAAACGGACUUUCCUUCAUAUUUGACAAAUUUGAAGCCUGGUCAACAUGUGAAUGAAGUCACAUUAACUUGGGUUAAAGUUCCUAUACUAUAAUAUGAUCACAUUUCUACUUGGGGUUUUUUUGUGGGGUUUUUUGUUUUGUUAACAGAUAUCAUUCUGGUAUAUUUUGGUUAUAUUUUAUGAUGCAAUUUCAGAAUUUUGUUUACUUUAAUGCGAGGAAGUCGAUUAAAGUUUCUCUAAUUGUUUUAAACUUUGGAUCUUUUAAUUGAUUACUUUCAAAUUGCAUGGUUUUUCACCAAGUGGUAGUGUAUUGAUGAAAUUGCUUGAAACAUAUUUUAUUGCUUUUUGAAAAAAACACCCCAACAAAACAAAUGGAUUUGGCACAAUCAAUUGCAUAGGCUUACCUCAAGUCCCAUGGAUUUGACUACUGGGCAAUUAAGGUUUAUUAGAACUUGGUUCUAGAGUUUGGCUAAGAUUUCAUUGAUCAAUUGUCUUUAACUCCUGAAUUCUUUAGUGUCCAUCAAUUGAUAGUGCAUACCUCCAGUCCCAUGAAUGUGACCCUAGGGCAAAAUCAAGUUCAUUUAGAACCAUUUAAAGGUGCUAUAUCAAAGUUGAAACUAAUAUUUAUUUUCACAUUUGUUUGUGAUGAAUAACUACAGAUAAUCAAUCCCAUACAUGAUCUUUGCAUAAAUAGCUCGGGAAUAUCAAAAUUGAAAUAUGCUUGCAUGCUGUGUAAACAGUUGCAUUCAGUAUGAUUAGAUUCCUGUCUUAUCAUCUCGUGUGAAUUAUAAAAUCUGGUUAGUUGACAGAUGAGUGGCACAAGGACAGUAAUGUUACCUCAGCUAAAUGCAUCCAGUUCAAUUGGUCAUCCUCAAACGUUUCAUAAAUAAACUUUAUUUUCUUCAAGGAAAUUAAAUUAUUUGGUUGUAAUUUUGAUGGACGUAGUUGACAAAUAGUAUUUACAUUUCACAGCCAAAAAUAAUAAAUUGUGGUGGAAGGCUGCCAUUAUUAAACGUUAAAGAUAGCAUGGAUCCUGUAAUGGAUGGUUUACAUAUUUUGUAUGAGAUUUCACUUGGUGACUAAGUCUUUCAACUAAACAUCCACCUAACCUUCACUUGCCAGAGCUCUUCAUGAAUAUAAGCCAAGCCCAGGAUCAUUAGGACUUGGUUAACUUUCUCAAGUUGCAUCUAUAUUAAAUUCUGUUAAUGGAUGGAUUUCUUUUCUGGUAUGUUUACCAGUCGGGUCUUUUAGCUGCACAUCCUCUAUAUCCUGAUUGACUGCAAUGCAAGGUCAGGGUCAUUUUGAAUAAAGUUGAACUUUCUGCACUUAAUUUUAACUCAAUUCUUUACAAGAUUGGCUUUCGUAUUUGGUAUGCCUGUUCAGGGAGAAACUGCACACCUCAAGCUCAUGAAUCGAGGCAAAGUUCUUCUAAAAUUUAUUUAAAGUUUUUAAAUUGCAUAUAACUAUUUAAUCUUUUUAUGGAUUGCUUUAAUAUUUAAUAUAAAUUUUCAGCCAGCAUUGUUCAUUAAAACUGCACAUCCCUGUGUCAUAAAUGUGAUACCAGAGCAAGGUAGAAAUGUGUUAACAGAUAGCAAGAGUGUAUUGUUUAAAACAGUUUUAAGCUGCUAAGUACUGUAUUGUAAUUUCUAAAUGAUGUGUAAUUACAAAAUACAUUACAAAAUGUUAUCAUAGUGUUGAAUUAAAACGACUGUCUAGCAGUUAUGUGGAUUGAUUUGUUUAGACUAUUCAUUAUUUAGCAUUUGUCAUUGCUUUACCAUUCUAGUUUUUCUUUGCAUCCAUUUAUAACCCAGACAGUGUUAAAUCAUCUAUUUGCCAUUGAUUGAUUAAACAGAUUUAGACCGUCUGUUGUACCUAGGAUUUAAACUACUUUCCAAACAAGAACUGAGCACUAUGGAAUUUGACAAAUAUUGUUUAUAAUAAGUUCAACAAAAUACUAAUUGUGAUAAUUACCAUGUUUAAUGUGACUGUAUUUUGUUUGGGUAAGACAAAUUGAGUUUAACUUUAAAUAUUUUCAAACUGUUUUACCACAACUAUACACCUGUAUGUUUUGUUUCACUUGAGUCAUUAUCUCGUAUGUAUUUGUCUAUCUGUUCUUCUUUAUAGUUACUGCCAGCCAUUUUGGUGUCAUUGCCUAAAUUAAACAUAAAUGUUAUACAUUUAGCUAACAUUAAUACAGGCUUUUAUUUCUGAAUUUUGACUUGAUACCCAUGGCAAUGAUUUUGGGGAAAUCCAGCAUAAUUUCACAUACAAAUAAUUAAAUUUUCUUUGUGUCUAUACACUUUACAGCAAUCGGAUUGGUGCAGAGGUGCUUUUUUUUUCCCGUUCAUAUCUCGAUGAACUCCAAAAAAUUAAGCCACGCCUACUCGCACUACUUUAGUGCAACAAGCCGGAUUAUUCUGGCAAUCAUAUUUAGAUAUUUUGAAGAAAACACGUGAAAGCUACAAAAAAUGUAUACGAUAAAUUAAUGGAAAAUGUUAUAGCAGUGUAGACAUGGAUCUAUAUGCAUUAAUUAAAAAAAAAAAAAAAAAAAAAAAAAAAAAAAAA